AUGCCUUCAAUGUCAAGCUUCUGGACGCAGACUUUCCCCCCAAAGCCGCAAUACACCGACGCCAAUGUCUCAGAUCUUACGGGACACGUUUACAUUGUUACAGGCUCUAACACUGGCAUCGGAAAAGAGCUUGCUAGAAUACUUUACGCGAAGAAUGCCAAAGUCUACAUUGCCGCACGUUCAGAGCAAAAGGCAGAGGCAGCCAUAGAGGAUAUCGCAACGUCUGCACCAACAUCAAAAGGGUCACUGAUUUUUCUCAGCCUCGACCUCAGUGAUCUCAACCAUGUCAAAACAGCAGCAGAGAACUUCCUUGCUCGGGAACAAAAGCUCAAUGUUCUCUUCAACAAUGCGGGACUCAUGGCGACAGACCCGCUCACUAGGACUGUCCAGGGCUAUGAAAUGGCUCUUGGGGUAAAUUGUGUCGGUACCUUUCUCUUCACAAAACUGCUUACUCCAACGCUGGUCUCAACCGCCAAGACGGCGCCAUCCGGCUCUGUCCGUGUCAUCUGGCUGUCCUCGUUUGGUCUCGAGCUCUUUGCCAAACCGGCCGUUGGUAUUUCCUUGGACAACCUUGAUUAUCAUAUCCCAACGGCGCCCACUGACCGAUACGGUAUUAGCAAAUGUGGAUCGUGGGCACAGGGCGUUGAGUUUGCCAGACGUCAUAAGGGGGAUGGAAUCAUCAGUCUCCCUAUUAACCCCGGAAAUCUUACCUCGGAGCUCGCAAGAGAUCAGCCCGCUACAUUGAAGAUUGCCGCUCGUGUUCUGGGCUAUCCGCCGCCCAUGGGGGCUUGCACAGAGCUAUGGGCAGGAUUGUCCCCAGAGGUCACGUUGGAGAACUCUGGGAGUUGGGUCGUUCCUUUUGGGAGAUUCUACCCACUGCGUGCAGACAUUGUUCAGGCGACCAAGACCGAGGCAGAAGGGGGCACUGGAGGAUGUCAAAAGUUCUGGGAAUGGUGCGAGGAUCAAGUGAAGGAUUAUCUGUAG